AUGGGCAACAACCCUUCCAAAGGCCCGGUCGGCGACGCGCCUCCGGCCCAUGCUGGCCACCACUCAGGCGAGCGGAAAGUCACCCGUCGGCCUUCUCUGAAUGCGAUCUCAAACAACAAGGCCACCGCGGCCGAUCCCUCCGCCACUAAGGAGACUGCCGCCGGGCACUCGGCAACAUACCAAGGAUCCCUCCAACAACGCCUCCAGACCCGAAAUAUCCCUGAAAGCUCUCCCAAGGAUAUAGAAAGACCAGAGAGACACGAUGCACGGAGACCGGAGCCUUCUCAAAGCAAAGAUAUCCCAAUCCGGGACCACUCCAACCCGGUCCAAGUCCCGAGUGCCCGCCAUGUCCCAGGGCGCGACCCUGUGGCACCAUCUGCCCCGCCCCUCAACUCAUACUAUAGCGCAUCUGCACAUCUGCAACGUCCACCGCGGUUGCCAUUGCCAAUUGGUGAUGCUAAUACUACACCCGGAUCGCCGAUGGGCCCAGAGGACUCGCAUAUCCAGUCGCUUCCUACAGACCAGCUUCUGGAUGACCAACUCGAUCAGAACAAUACGGCUUUGGGUAAUACAACAAUUGAAGAGGAAGAAUUGAUUGAUGAGCUCCAGCCAUACACUAUCAGUGGAGUGGGCAAGGCUGUCCCGGUGGUUAUCGAAUGGACUGCGCCUGCUCAAAAGGUCUAUGUUACAGGAACUUUCGUCAACUGGGAGAAGAAGUUCCGCCUACACAGAAGUGAAAAUAAUCCGUCCGUUAUGUCCACGACGUUGAACCUCCGACCUGGCACGCACCACUUGAAGUUCAUUGUUGAUGGAGAAAUGCGCGCAGCAGAUAGUCUCCCAACCGCCGUGGACUUUACUAACCAUUUGGUCAACUACAUUGAGAUCAGCGCUGAUGAUGCUCAUGACAGGGACCCCGGCGUUCAGCCUGGAGCCCACCCCCCUCAGACGGUGCCGGAUUCAUCUAAGCAAGACCAAUCAAAAGGACCCGAGGAUGACCCUCCGCAGAAGGAUGAAUCUGAAGAAGAAGAGGUGCCACCCGGUGACUUUGGCAAUGCCAUCCCUCAAUUCCUUGCCGAUCUGGACAAGGAAGAAGAGGACCCAGCCUAUGUGCAAGCUGCCAAUGUCAUUGGGGACACGGCUACCCCGCCUAGUCUGCCUCUCUUUUUGGGUAAAUCAAUUCUCAACGGCACGACUCCCAUGAAAGACGAUAGCAGUGUUCUCAAUUAUCCUAAUCACACGGUCCUGAACCACCUUGCUACAAGCAGUAUCAAGAAUGGUGUUCUGGCUACUAGUGUGACGACGAGAUACAAAAGAAAAUAUGUUACGACUAUCUUGUACAAACCGACUGGUGAUAUAACAGAUUGA